UGGAGCGUCAAGAUAUGUGACUUCACCAAGGAUCAGACCACAGAGUUCAAGGAGGCCUUCCAGCUGUUUGACCGAACGGGGGAUGGCAAGAUCCUGUACAGUCAGUGUGGGGACGUGAUGAGGGCCCUGGGCCAAAAUCCCACCAACGCCGAGGUGCUCAAAGUCCUGGGGAACCCCAAGAGUGAUGAGAUGAAUGUGAAGGUACUGGACUUUGAGCACUUCCUACCCAUGCUGCAGACUGUGGCCAAGAACAAGGACCAGGGCACCUAUGAGGACUAUGUUGAAGGCCUUCGGGUGUUUGACAAGGAAGGGAACGGCACCAUCAUGGGUGCUGAGAUCUGGCACAUUCUCGUCACACUGGGUGAGAAGAUGACAGAGGAAGAAGUAGAGAUGCUGGUGGCAGGGCAUGAGGACAGCAAUGGCUGUAUCAACUAUGAAGAGCUCGUCCGCAUGGUGCUGAAUGGCUGAGGAUAUUCCCAGUGUGCGUGGACACUGCACCUUCCUUGUGGGAGAUUGUGUAUGUAGCCCGGAGGCUUCCUAGGUUCUCUUGUCACAGUAUUUUCCCCAGAUUCUCUCUCUUGGAUGAUGUCUACCAUCAGCAUUCACCAAAUAAACUUGUUCUCUGCU